CACAUGGUCCUUGAAGAUCCUCAAAAGAAGAAACGAAGACAAACUUGCCCAAAUGGAGCUUUGUGCUAUGAAAUGGACAUUGUUUGUGGUCAGCAUGGUCUUGUUUCCCAUGAGCCACAGACACAGCUACUCUGCUGCCAUCAGCCUCAAAGAACAUCUAAAGGAUUGUCUGAAUGACACUGACUAUAACGAGCUAUUUGAGACCAUGCAGAACGGCCUCCCCGCCACACAAACACCUCAUCAUGUUGCCAUCGUUGGAGCCGGCAUGGCUGGCCUAACGGCCGCCAAGUUACUGAAAGAUGCAGGACAUAAGGUGACCAUAUUAGAAGCCAGUGGGAGAGUUGGAGGACGGGUGGAGACCUACAGGAAUGAGGAAGAGGGCUGGUAUGCUGAACUGGGAGCCAUGAGGAUACCAAGUUUUCACCUUAUUGUUCUCUGGCUUGCUGAUCACCUGAACCUCAAGUUGAAAGAAUUCAUCAUGAAUGACAACGAAACCUAUUACCUGGUGAAUGGAGGACCACCACGGAAGACCCGUGUGGUCAACGAGAACCCAAACGUCCUGAAUUACAAUGUGUCACCAAACGAGAAGUAUAAAACCGCUGACCAGCUGCUCCAACAGGCGUUACAGAAGGUGAAAGACGAGGUGGAGGCGAAUGGCUGUAGAGCUGCACUGGAAAGAUUUGACCGCUAUUCUGUGAAGGAGUACCUGAAAGAAGAGGGGGGACUGAGUUCAGAGGCCAUCAGGAUGAUUGGAGACCUGCUCAAUGAGCAAAGCCUAAUGUACACAGCACUGACUGAGAUGAUCUACGACCAGUCUGACAUUGGAGACAACAUCAAGUACUUUGAAGUGAAAGGUGGGUCGGACCUGCUUCCCAAAGCUUUGGCAGAAAACAUUCGUGUCCCUAUUUACCUGAACACCAAGGUCAAACGUAUCAGCCAGUCAGAAGAUGGGGUCGUUGUCUCAUUUCAGAAUGAUUAUCAGCCUGACCUUCAUGCCGACUUUGUCCUCGUCACAACCACAGCCAAAGCAGCUCUUUUCAUGGACUUCGAUCCACCUCUGUCCAUUCCAAAGAUGGAAGUCCUGAGGACAGUCCACUACGACAGCUCGACUAAAAUCCUCCUCACCUUCAGCGAGAAGUUCUGGGAGAAGGAUGGCAUCCGUGGAGGAAAGAGCAUCACAGACCGACCCUCUCGUUACAUCUACUACCCCAGCCACAGUUUCCCUGGAAACGAGAAGAUUGGCGUCCUGCUGGCUUCCUACACCUGGUCAGAUGAGUCCCUCCUCUUCCUGGGCGCGAGCGACGAGGACCUCAAAGAGCUGGCCCUGACAGAUUUGGCGCAGAUCCACGGCGACUAUAUCAGGCCUCUCUGCACGGGCGUGCUGGUGAAGCGCUGGAGUGCGGAUCCUUACAGCUUGGGCGCCUUCGCGCUGUUCACGCCGUACCAACACUUGGAGUACGCCAAGGAGUUGUUCCGGAGCGAAGGCAGGGUGCACUUCGCCGGGGAGCACACGGCUUUCCCUCACGCCUGGAUCGAGUCGUCGAUGAAAUCGGCAAUCAGGGCGGCGAAGAACAUCAGCCUAGCGGCACAGGAAGGCGAGUCUGUUGGACAUGGAGUCCGAGACGAGCUUUAGAGUAUUUAGUUGAGCUAUAAUCCUUUUCUUUCUUAAAACUUUUUUGUGGUCUCACAGAGCUCUCUCUGAAAAUGGCUGUAGCCUACUUUCCAAAUGAAUUAUUCCUUUUUGCUUUGGUUAAUUGUAGGAAAUAUGUCAGUCACAUUCUGUUUUCUUAUGCCUUUUCUUUUCCUUUUUCAACCAUCACUGCGUGAAUAUAAUUUUAUUUAAACUUAAAGGAAUACGCCACCCCCAGGUGAAAUUGGGUCACUCCCCGCAGUCCCUAGAGUUGGAUGAGUGAGCCAAAGCGUUUUGUAGCCAACUCAGCCACUGUCCUAAUCUAGAAAAGUUGAGGGUUUUCAGAUGCUGCGUGGUGUCUUUGCGCCUGGCAGCGGUGCUUUGCCAGUGCUAUGCCCGAAAAUAGUUACAAAUCUAAAUUGGUCUAGUUACAUUAAAUCCCUUCGUGUUAACUUGCAUUGAUAUUUGUACUCGAUGUGAAUGUACAGGUUACGAUAAAUAAAUAUAAAAAAUCUUGAGUUAUUUGAUUCACUUUUGCAACGACAUGCUAGCUGGACACGCCAGAAUACAACGACUAAGCUAAAGCUAACCUGGCCGUUUCUAGCUUAGGACAGUGGCUGGGUCGACUACAAAACACUUUGGCUCACUCAUCCAACUCUAGGAACUGUGGGGAGUGACCCAAUUUCACCUGGGGGUGGCGUAUUCCUUUAAAGGAAAGGUUAGCGAUACUAGUAGGUAUCUCAUGCCACAUAUGUGACCGUUCAAAGCGAAAUCAGUCGUUUUGCGCACAACGUUAUUUUGAGAAAAACAGCAAUAACAAACUUCCGGGUUAAAAUGUUGAAUUUCACGUUUUCGCAUAAUUCGAUUGUAUACAGUCUACAGUUUCAUAUCGUGAACGCAUUUCACGGAAAAACAUACGUUUUGACUGUUAAACCCGGCGAAGAUUCAACACAUUUGCUGUCAUUCCCGUUGUGCACGCGCCGCUUAAAAAGGUGAUUUCUCCUCUUCUGGCAUAUCGUGACAGGAGAACCAUGUCAACUUUGGAUGCGAUUAUCUUAGCGAUAGUUUGUGUAAUACCCUCGAUACACAUAUAGUUGGAAAGCUUAGUUUAUGGCCGUUCACGUGAGCACAAUAACUUAAUUUAAUAAAUAACACCGAAACGACUGGUUACGCUUUACAGGGUCACAUAUUUGUUUUGUUUUCCCUCACUGCUUCCCUCUGCCCCGUGCACCUCUAACAGCACCUGCAGUUAUUUUGCUGGAAUAAAUUUUUUGUGUUCGAUGCACCCAUGUUGAAGGUUUGUUUGCGGCUUUCUGUUCAGGUCUCCACAGAAUAGUCUCUGCAGGAGUCAUUCUCUGUACGGCAUUCUCCAUUCUGUGCAGGUCUCUCUUUGGAGGAUGUUCCUGAGGCAGGCUGGACCAUAGUAGGGGAGACUGUGCAGAGUUGUCUACUAGCUUGGGUAAAACUAGUCAAGAGGGCCCAUAGCCUGCGUGAACCCGGACGAUCCUGACUUUUACUCUCUGAACCCGGGAUGUCCGGAUUGUCCGCCUCUGGUAUCCUAAGAAGCAGUUAGACAUAUCUAGGCUAUCUGGACAUAUCAAGGCUGCACAAAGCCUUAACUUGGGGUAUUAAAUUAAGUGGUACUGCGAUAGCACUUGAAACAUUUGUAAAACUAGGCUUUUAGCUCAGAUCUGUGCAUGUUUUUGGUGUUGGGAUGGUGCUGGCCAAUCGUGAAACGUGGAGAUAGACAUAUGUAAGGGUUAAUGUAUAGAACGCUGCUCAUUAUUGGGAAAAUAAGUACCGACAGGGCGAACCAGUUUCACCCCGAAGGUAUUUUCCCGAUAAUGACGUUGAAAUUACAUAAAUACUUAAAUAUCACUUAAUCGAUUACACUGAAACCACUAGAUCAAAUUGGGUUAUCACAGCAUGAAUCAAUCUAGUAAAACUAAGACAUUUCAUUCAUGUGCAACCGGUGUACAUGCUAAAUAAAUUCAGCCAUUCUUUUUUUUUUUUUCAGCUUCAGCGGCCGCACCUCGGUGCUCGGGCCCUA